AUGACCCAGAACAAGUGGAAGAACCGGAAGGAGGUACGUGGAGUUGGGUUUGGGAGAGAACGGGCGGGGCGGGGGGAGGUCGCAACUGGACAGCUGGACGUGCUGGAGAAGGCAGUGCGCAUCCUGCACCUGCGCUACCGCUCCUGCCUGCGGCCGCUCACCCCUCCGUUCACCUCAGAGAACGGGCGGGGCGGGGGGAGGUCGCAACUGGACAGCGCGGAGCUGGACGUGCUGGAGAAGGCAGUGCGCAUCCUGCACCUGCGCUACCGCUCCUGCCUGCGCCCUCUCACCCCGUCCCCUGUUCCUCCCCAACCCCACCCACCCCCCAUUCCCCUUUCCCACCUAACCCGCAUUUCCCUUCCCCCUCUCACCCGCACCCCCUACCCCCCUCACCCGGGCACUCCCUCCCCCUCCCUUCCCCCUCUCACCCGCACCCCCUACCCCCCUCACCCGGGCACUCCCUCCCCCUCCCUUCCCUCUCCUCCCUCCCACGCCUACCCGCCCACACGAGCAGAGAACGGGCGGGGCGGGGGGAGGUCGCAACUGGACAGUGCGGAGAUGGACGUGCUGGAGAAGGCAGUGCGCAUCCUGCACCUGCGCUACCGCUCCUGCCUGCGCCCGCUCACCAAGGGGCGCCUGCCGUCCGUGACUGAGCUCAGGGAGCUGAGAGUGAGCGCUGAGGCGCUGGGCGUGCGGUCUGCUCUUCUAUGCCUCGACAGAAUACCCAAGGUGGUUGUGGGAAUGGAAUACCCAAGGUGGGUGGACGCCCCUCAAUCUGUCUGUGAUAAGAGCACUUUUGAGGCGCCUCAAAAGAGAUCCGCUCUGCUGUGCCUCGACAGAAUACCCAAGGUUGGUGGACGCCCCUCAAUCUGUCUGGCGAUCCCCGUCGCCUCGCCCUCUUUGCCUUCCGCACAUUCGCCCUGCGCGCCGAGCUGGACGCGGAGGCCCCUCCCUCCCUUCCCCACCGCUCCCCACCUGCACAUUCGCCCUGCGCGCCAAGCUGGACGCGGAGGCCCUGCACUUGCCCUUAACACCCCCUUGCCCCCCAACACCCCCCUCCUCCUCUCCGCCCCCCUCCCACAGGGCGAUCCCCAUCGUCUCGCCCUCUUUGCCUUCCGCACAUUCGCCCUGCGCGCCGAGCUCGACGCGGAGGCCCUCCGCGACCUAGAUGAGCCUCCCCCAGGCAACGCCUGGCCCGUCUCCUCCUACCGCGUCGGCACCCCCCGGCUCAGAGCACUCCUAGAAGACAUGGUAGAGGAGGUGGAGAGCCUGUGGAACGCCACGAAUAGGACUCUCUAUGAGGUUGCUAUAGUGCUUGCUCCGGUGCUGGCGCAAUACGCGUUGCUGGGGAAGGCGGUGGGGAUGGCUAUGGAGCAGUAUUAUGCGCGGCUGACUGUGAGGAAGCACGGGCGGGUGGUUAUGGCCGUGGGAGAUGAGAUUAUACUUUGGGACGAUGGUCUGGAAGAUGUCCGGGAGCUGUUUUUGGCUGAAAAGGCAGCGGAUGAGCAGCCGUUGGGGUCGGCUGUUAGAAUCGACAGCAUGAAUGAUUACUCGUGGUUUGUCUCUUGGAACGGGACUUCGGCGGUGGAUAAUAUCCCGAGUGAAGUUUCAGUGAAAAAACUGCUGCACUCGAUCGGGGCGCCGACGGCGCGGCUGGCGGGGUUGAGAGCGCAGGAUAAGGGGCUGCUGAUGGGUGUGACUGUACCGGAUGUGAGAAUAGAGGCGGAGAAACGGGUGCUGGCGCAGUUGCAAUGGGUGGUGGACGGUGGAGGGAAGCUUGAGAUUAAGGCCGCCCGGCCACAGCACCAGGGGAUUAGUGCGGGCGUGGGGGAGAGAGAGGUGAUUGGGAGGGGGAAAAGAGUGGCGGGAGGGGGAAUAGGGGCGGCGGCAGGGGGUGGUGCGGGAGGGGCAGGGGGGGCAGGGGGAGGGGGAGCGGGAGGGGGAGCAGGGGGAGCGCUGGGCGGAGGAGGAGGGGGGGAUGACAAGGCACUGCUGAAGAGGUCGUUUGCCAAGAGGCUCGAGUCUCUGGACUCAGCAGGCAUGGAUGAGCCUGAGCCGGCCCACGAGAUCCCCUAUGAGGAUCUCGUAGAAGCCACCAAGAACUGGGCGGACGACCUGCAGCUUGGGGAAGGAGGCUCCGCGGUUGUGUAUAAGGGCGUGUCACCAGAUGAGGAGCUGUGGGCAGUGAAGCGCGGGAAGAAGGGGGGGCUGACGCGGCUUCAGGAUUAUCAUAGAGAGAUCGAGGCAGUUUCCAAGAUGCUUCACCCGAACCUGGUGCGCCUGAUGGGGUUCUGCCACGAGAACGAGGAGCAGGUGUUGGUGUACGAGUAUGUGGCCAAUGGCACGCUCAGACAACAUCUAUCCCCGUUACAAGGCGACACGGAGAAGGGGGUGCUGUCAUUCGAGCAGCGGAUAGAGGCGGCGGUGGGGGUGGCAGAAGCACUGCUGUACCUGCACUCGUGCAAACCGGUGCUCGUGCAUAGAGACGUGAAGAGCCUCAACGUGUUCAUGGAUGACGAUUUGCAGCCGAAACUAGGGGACUACGGCAACCUCAAGUCGAUAGGCGACGAUGAAAGCGCCACCACACACACCCGCGUGGUGGGCACGCCCGGGUAUCUGGACCCGCAAUACUGCCAGACGAGCGUGGUGUCCGUGUGGAGUGAUGUGUACAGUUUCGGAGUGGUCAUGCUGGAGCUCAUCACAGCCAAGCCGCCAGUGCUCAAGGAAGCAGACGAUUCGGGGGAGAGAAUGGCGCUGGCGAAAUGGGCGACCCCUGCCAUCUGUGCCGGCAAUCUAGACGCAGUGGUGGACCCCAAUCUAGCCCAGGCGUUCCCACAGCAGCCCAUGCAGGCAUUUGCCAGCCUCGCAGCCAUGUGUGUGCAGCGGCAACCCAAGGACCGACCCAGCAUGCAGGAGGUGGUGAGGCGGCUCAAGGUCAUUCGCCAGGCAGCAGCAGGUGCGUUCCUAGCGGUUCUGUGCGGUCCAGUGCGGUGCAAAGUGUGUGCAGUGUGGUGCAGAGCGGUGCCUGUGAGCCUGGCAGCCAUGUGUGUGCAGCGGCAGCCCAAGGACAGACCGAGCAUGCAGGAGGUGGUGCGAAGGCUCAAGGUCAUUCGCCAGGCAGCAGCAGGUGCGUUUGUAGCGGUUCUCCUGGCAGCCAUGUGUGUGCAGCGGCAGCCCAAGGACAGACCGAGCAUGCAGGAGGUGGUGAGGCGGCUCAAGGUCAUUCGCCAGGCAGCAGCAGGUGCGUUCCUAGCGGUUCUCCUGACAGCCAUGUGUGUGCAGCGGCAGCCCAAGGACAGACCCAGCAUGCAGGAGGUGGUGCGAAGGCUCAAGGUCAUUCGCCAGGCAGCAGCAGGUGCGUUUGUAGCGGUUCUCCUGGCAGCCAUGUGUGUGCAGCGGCAGCCCAAGGACAGACCGAGCAUGCAGGAGGUGGUGCGAAGGCUCAAGGUCAUUCGCCAGGCAGCAGCAGGUGCGUUUGUAGCGGUUCUCCUGGCAGCCAUGUGUGUGCAGCGGCAGCCCAAGGACAGACCGAGUAUGCAGGAGGUGGUGAGGCGGCUCAAGGUCAUUCGCCAGGCAGCUGCAGGUGCGUUCUUAGCGGUUCAGUGCGGUGCAUUUCGGUGGAAUGCAGUGCUGUGUGGUGCCGUGGCGUCCAGUGCUCAGCAUCUGUCUCCUCCCCGCCGCCCAUCAACACUCGUCCCAACCCAUCAAUGCAGCGAAUUCUUCCCCCCAAGCCUGGCAGCCGGGCUCCUGGCGGGACAACCAGCACCUCAAUCCGCCUAUGCCGCCGCUCCUCCUCUAUCUCACUCACCCGCCUCUCUUCCCAUUCCUUCCAUCCAGCAUCUGUCUCCCUCCCCGCAGCCCAUCAACACUCGUCCCAACCCAUCAAUGCAGCGAAUUCUUCCCCCCAAGCCUGGCAGCCGGGGCUCCUGGCGGGACAACCAGCACCUCACUCCGCCUAUGCCGCCGCUCCCUCCUCUAUCUCACUCACCCCGCCUCUCUUCCCAUUCCUUCCCUUGUGUUCUUGCUUUUUCCCCUUCCCCUUCCCCUUUCCCCUCCCCCUCCCCCUCCCCCUCUUCUCCACUGCAGCAGCAUCUGUCUCCUCCCCGCCGCCCAUCAACACUCGUCCCAACCCAUCAAUGCAGCGAAUUCUUCCCCCCAAGCCUGGCAGCCGGGGCUCCUGGCGGGACAACCAGCACCUCACUCCGCCUAUGCCGCCGCUCCCUCCUCUAUCUCACUCACCCGCCUCUCUUCCCAUUCCUUCCCUUGUGUUCUUGCUUUUUCCCCUUCCCCUUCCCCUUUCCCCUCCCCCUCCCCCUCCCCCUCUUCUCCACUGCAGCAGCAUCUGUCUCCUCCCCGCCGCCCAUCAACACUCGUCUCCAACCCAUCAAUGCAGCGGAAUUCUUCCCCCACAAGCCUGGCAGUCCGGGGCUCCUUGGCGGGACAACCAGCACCUCACCUCCGCCUAUGCCGCCGCGCCCUACUCUAUCUCACUCACCCGCCUCUCAUUCCCAUUCCUUCCUUGUGUUCUUGCUUUUUCCCCUUCCCACCUUCCCUUUCUCCCCUCCCCUCCCCUCACCCUCUUCGUCCACUGCAGCAGCAUCUGUCUCCUCCCCGCCGCCGCAGCAACACUCCAGCAUCUGUCUCCUCCCGCCGCCCAAUCAACACUCGUCCCAACCCAUCAAUGCAGCGAAUUCUUCCCCCCAAGCCUGGCAGCCGGGGCUCCUGGCGGGACAACCAGCACCUCACUCCGCCUAUGCCGCCGCUCCCUCCUCUAUCUCACUCACCCGCCUCUCUUCCCAUUCCUUCCCUUGUGUUCUUGCUUUUUCCCCUUCCCCUUCCCCUUUCCCCUCCCCCUCCCCCUCCCCCUCUUCUCCACUGCAGCAGCAUCUGUCUCCUCCCCGCCGCCCAUCAACACUCGUCCCAAACCCAUCAAUGCAGCGAAUUCUUCCCCCCAAGCCUGGCAGCCGGGGCUCCUGGCGGGACAACCAGCACCUCACUCCGCCUAUGCCCGCCGCUCCCUCCUCUAUCUCACUCACCCGCCUCUCUUCCCAUUCCUUCCCUUGUGUUCUUGCUUUUUCCCCUUCCCCUUCCCCUUUCCCCUCCCCCUCCCCCUCCCCCCUCUUCUCCACUGCAGCAGCAUCUGUCUCCUCCCCGCCGCCCAUCAACACUCGUCCCAACCCAUCAAUGCAGCGAAUUCUUCCCCCAAGCCUGGCAGCCGGGGCUCCUGGCGGGACAACCAGCACCUCACUCCGCCUAUGCCGCCGCUCCCUCCUCUAUCUCACUCACCCCGCCUCUCUUCCCAUUCCUUCCCUUGUGUUCUUGCUUUUUCCCUUCCCCUUCCCCUUUCCCCUCCCCCUCCCCCCUCCCCCUCUUCUCCACUGCAGCAGCAUCUGUCUCCUCCCCGCCGCCCAUCAACACUCGUCCCAACCCAUCAAUGCAGCGAAUUCUUCCCCCCAAGCCUGGCAGCCGGGGCUCCUGGCGGGACAACCAGCACCUCACUAUCCGCCUAUGCCGCCGCUCCCUCCUCUAUCUCACUCACCCGCCUCUCUUCCCAUUCCUUCCCUUGUGUUCUUUGCUUUUUCCCCUUCCCCUUCCCCUUCCCCUCCCCUCCCCCUCCCCCUCCUUCUCCACUGCAGCAGCAUCUGUCUCCUCCCGCCGCCCAUCAACACUCGUCCCCAACCCAUCAAUGCAGCGAAUUCUUCCCCCCCAAGCCUGGCAGCCGGGGCUCCUGGCGGACAACCGAGCAAACCUCACCUCCGCCUAUGCCGCCGCUCCCUUCCUCUAUCUCACUCACCCCGCCUCUCUUCCCAUUCCUUCCCUUGUUUCUUGCUUUUUUCCCCUUCCCCUUCCCCUUUCCCCUCCCCCUCCCCCUCCCCCUCUUCUCCACUGCAGCAGCAUCUGUCUCCUCCCCGCCGCCCAUCAACACUCGUCCCAACCCAUCAAUGCGCGAAUUCUUCCCCCCAAGCCUGGCAGCCGGGGCUCCUGGCGGGACAACCAGCACCUCACUCCGCCUAUGCCUCGCCGCUCCCUCCUCUAUCUCCCUCACACCGCCUCUCUUCCCAUUCCUUCCCUUGUGUUCUUGCUUUUUUCCCCUUCCCCUUCCACCUUUCCCCUCACCCUCCCCCUCCCCCUUUCUCCACUGCAGCAGCAUCUGUCUCCUCCCCGCCGCCCAUCAACACUCGUCCAACCCAUCGAAUGCAGCGAAUUCUUCCCCCCAAGCAUGGCAGCCGGGGCUCCUGGCGGGACAACCAGCACCUCACUCCGCCUAUGCCGCCCGCUCCCUCCUCUAUCUCACUCACCCGCCUCUCUUCCCAUUCCUUCCCUUGUGUUCUUGCUUUUUCCCCUUCCCCUUCCCCUUUCCCCUCCCCCUCCCCCUCACCCCUCUUCUCCACUGCAGCAGCAUCUGUCUCCUCCCCGCCGCCCAUCAACACUCGUCCCAACCCAUCAAUGCAGCGAAUUCUUCCCCCCAAGCCUGGCAGCCGGGGCUCCUGGCGGGACAACCAGCACCUCACUCCGCCUAUGCCGCCGCUCCCUCCUCUAUCUCACUCACCCGCCUCUCUUACCCAUUCCUUCCCUUGUGUUCUUGCUUUUCCCCUUCCCCUUCCCCUUUCCCCUCCCCCUCCCCCUCCCCCUCUUCUCCACUGCAGCAGCAUCUGUCUCCUCCCCGCCGCCCAUCAACACUCGUCCGUCCAACCCAUCAAUGCAGCGAAUUCUUCCCCCCAAGCCUGGCAGCCGGGGCUCCUGGCGGGACAACCAGCACCUCACUCCGCCUAUGCCGCCGCUCCCUCCUCUAUCUCACUCACCCGCCUCUCUUCCCAUUCCUUCCCUUGUGUUCUUGCUUUUUCCCCUUCCCCUUCCCCUUUCCCCUCCCCCUCCCCCUCCCCCUCUUCUCCACUGCAGCAGCAUCUGUCUCCUCCCCGCCGCCCAUCAACACUCGUCCCAACCCAUCAAUGCAGCGAAUUCUUCCCCCCAAGCCUGGCAGCCGGGGCUCCUGGCGGGACAACCAGCACCUCACUCCGCCUAUGCCGCCGCUCCCUCCUCUAUCUCACUCACCCGCCUCUCUUCCCAUUCCUUCCCUUGUGUUCUUGCUUUUUCCCCUUCCCCUUCCCCUUUCCCCUCCCCCUCCCCCUCCCCCUCUUCUCCACUGCAGCAGCAUCUGUCUCCUCCCCGCCGCCCAUCAACACUCGUCCCAACCCAUCAAUGCAGCGAAUUCUUCCCCCCAAGCCUGGCAGCCGGGGCUCCUGGCGGGACAACCAGCACCUCACUCCGCCUAUGCCGCCGCUCCCUCCUCUAUCUCACUCACCCGCCUCUCUUCCCAUUCCUUCCCUUGUGUUCUUGCUUUUUCCCCUUCCCCUUCCCCUUUCCCCUCCCCCUCCCCCUCCCCCUCUUCUCCACUGCAGCAGCAUCUGUCUCCUCCCCGCCGCCCAUCAACACUCGUCCCAACCCAUCAAUGCAGCGAAUUCUUCCCCCCAAGCCUGGCAGCCGGGGCUCCUGGCGGGACAACCAGCACCUCACUCCGCCUAUGCCGCCGCUCCCUCCUCUAUCUCACUCACCCGCCUCUCUUCCCAUUCCUUCCCUUGUGUUCUUGCUUUUUCCCCUUCCCCUUCCCCUUUCCCCUCCCCCUCCCCCUCCCCCUCUUCUCCACUGCAGCAGCAUCUGUCUCCUCCCCGCCGCCCAUCAACACUCGUCCCAACCCAUCAAUGCAGCGAAUUCUUCCCCCCAAGCCUGGCAGCCGGGGCUCCUGGCGGGACAACCAGCACCUCACUCCGCCUAUGCCGCCGCUCCCUCCUCUAUCUCACUCACCCGCCUCUCUUCCCAUUCCUUCCCUUGUGUUCUUGCUUUUUCCCCUUCCCCUUCCCCUUUCCCCUCCCCCUCCCCCUCCCCCUCUUCUCCACUGCAGCAGCAUCUGUCUCCUCCCCGCCGCCCAUCAACACUCGUCCCAACCCAUCAAUGCAGCGAAUUCUUCCCCCCAAGCCUGGCAGCCGGGGCUCCUGGCGGGACAACCAGCACCUCACUCCGCCUAUGCCGCCGCUCCCUCCUCUAUCUCACUCACCCGCCUCUCUUCCCAUUCCUUCCCUUGUGUUCUUGCUUUUUCCCCUUCCCCUUCCCCUUUCCCCUCCCCCCUCCCCCUCCCCCUCUUCUCCACUGCAGCAGCAUCUGUCUCCUCCCCGCCGCCCAUCAACACUCGUCCCAACCCAUCAAUGCAGCGAAUUCUUCCCCCCAAGCCUGGCAGCCGGGGCUCCUGGCGGGACAACCAGCACCUCACUCCGCCUAUGCCGCCGCUCCCUCCUCUAUCUCACUCACCCGCCUCUCUUCCCAUUCCUUCCCUUGUGUUCUUGCUUUUUCCCCUUCCCCUUCCCCUUUCCCCUCCCCCUCCCCCUCCCCCUCUUCUCCACUGCAGCAGCAUCUGUCUCCUCCCCGCCGCCCAUCAACACUCGUCCCAACCCAUCAAUGCAGCGAAUUCUUCCCCCCAAGCCUGGCAGCCGGGGCUCCUGGCGGGACAACCAGCACCUCACUCCGCCUAUGCCGCCGCUCCCUCCUCUAUCUCACUCACCCGCCUCUCUUCCCAUUCCUUCCCUUGUGUUCUUGCUUUUUCCCCUUCCCCUUCCCCUCCCCUUUCCCCUCCCCCUCCCCCUCCCCCUCUUCUCCACUGCAGCAGCAUCUGUCUCCUCCCCGCCGCCCAUCAACACUCGUCCCAACCCAUCAAUGCAGCGAAUUCUUCCCCCCAAGCCUGGCAGCCGGGGCUCCUGGCGGGACAACCAGCACCUCACUCCGCCUAUGCCGCCGCUCCCUCCUCUAUCUCACUCACCCGCCUCUCUUCCCAUUCCUUCCCUUGUGUUCUUGCUUUUUCCCCCCUUCCCCUUCCCCUUUCCCCUCCCCCUCCCCCUCCCCCUCUUCUCCACUGCAGCAGCAUCUGUCUCCUCCCCGCCGCCCAUCAACACUCGUCCCAACCCAUCAAUGCAGCGAAUUCUUCCCCCCAAGCCUGGCAGCCGGGGCUCCUGGCGGGACAACCAGCACCUCACUCCGCCUAUGCCGCCGCUCCCUCCUCUAUCUCACUCACCCGCCUCUCUUCCCAUUCCUUCCCUUGUGUUCUUGCUUUUUCCCCUUCCCCUUCCCCUUUCCCCUUCCCCCUCCCCCCUCCCCCCUCCCCCUCUUCUCCACUGCAGCAGCAUCUGUCUCCUCCCCGCCGCCCAUCAACACUCGUCCCAACCCAUCAAUGCAGCGAAUUCUUCCCCCAAGCCUGGCAGCCGGGGCUCCUGGCGGGACAACCAGCACCUCACUCCGCCUAUGCCGCCGCUCCCUCCUCUAUCUCACUCACUCCCCCUCUCUUCCCAUUCCUUCCCUUGUGUUCUUGCUUUUUCCCCUUCCCCUUCCCCUUUCCCCUCCCCCUCCCCCUCCCCCUCUUCUCCACUGCAGCAGCAUCUGUCUCCUCCCCGCCGCCCAUCAACACUCGUCCCAACCCAUCAAUGCAGCGAAUUCUUCCCCCCAAGCCUGGCAGCCGGGGCUCCUGGCGGGACAACCAGCACCUCACUCCGCCUAUGCCGCCGCUCCCUCCUCUAUCUCACUCACCCGCCUCUCUUCCCAUUCCUUCCCUUGUGUUCUUGCUUUUUCCCCUUCCCCUUCCCCUUUCCCCUCCCCCUCCCCCUCCCCCUCUUCUCCACUGCAGCAGCAUCUGUCUCCUCCCCGCCGCCCAGCAACACUCGUCCCAAACCCAUCAAUGCAGCGAAUUCUUCCCCCCAAGCCUGGCAGCCGAGGCUCCUGGCGGGGGACAACCAGCCCUCACUCCGCCUAUGCCGCCGCUCCUUCCUCUAUCUCACUCACGCCGCCCUCUCUUCCCAUUCCUUCCCUUGUGUUCUUGCUUUUUCCCCUUCCCCUUCCCCUUUCCCCUCCCCCUCCCCCUCCCCUCUUCUCCAAUGCGCAGCAUCUGUCUCCUCCCCGCCGCCCAUCAACACUCGUCCCAACCCAUCAAUGCAGCGAAUUCUUCCCCCAAGCCUGGCAGCCGGCCUCCUGGCGGACAACCAGCACCUCACUUCCGCCUAUGCCGCCCGCUCCCUCCUCUAUCUCACUCACACCGCCUCUCUUCCCAUUCCUUUCCCUUGUGUUCUUGCUUUUUCCCUUCCCCUUCCCCUUUCCCCUCCCCCUCCCCCUCCCCCUCUUCUCCACUGCAGCAGCAUCUGUCUCCUCCCGCCGCCCAUCAACACUCGUCCCAACCCAUCAAUGCAGCGAAUUCUUCCCCCCAAGCCUGGCAGCCGGGGCUCCUGGCGGGACAACCAGCACCUCACUCCGCCUAUGCCGCCGCUCCCUCCUCUAUCUCACUCACCCGCCUCUCUUCCCAUUCCUUCCCUUGUGUUCUUGCUUUUUCCCCUUCCCCUUCCCUUUUCCCCUCCCCCUCCCCCUCCCCCUCUUCUCCACUGCAGCAGCAUCUGUCUCCUCCCCGCCGCCCAUCAACACUCGUCCCAACCCAUCAAUGCAGCGAAUUCUUCCCCCCAAGCCUGGCAGCCGGGGCUCCUGGCGGGACAACCAGCACCUCACUCCGCCUAUGCCGCCGCUCCCUCCUCUAUCUCACUCACCCGCCUCUCUUCCCAUUCCUUCCCUUGUGUUCUUGCUUUUUCCCCUUCCCCUUCCCCUUUCCCCUCCCCCUCCCCCUCCCCCUCUUCUCCACUGCAGCAGCAUCUGUCUCCUCCCCGCCGCCCAUCAACACUCGUCCCAACCCAUCAAUGCAGCGAAUUCUUCCCCCCAAGCCUGGCAGCCGGGGCUCCUGGCGGGACAACCAGCACCUCACUCCGCCUAUGCCGCCGCUCCCUCCUCUAUCUCACUCACCCCGCCUCUCUUCCCAUUCCUUCCCUUGUGUUCUUGCUUUUUCCCCUUCCCCUUCCCCUUUCCCCUCCCCCUCCCCCUCCCCCUCUUCUCCACUGCAGCAGCAUCUGUCUCCUCCCCGCCGCCCAUCAACACUCGUCCCAACCCAUCAAUGCGCGAAUUCUUCCCCCAAGCCUGGCAGCCGGGGCUCCUGGCGGGACAACCAGCACCUCACUCCGCCUAUGCCGCCGCUCCCUCCUCUAUCUCACUCACCCGCCUCUCUUCCCAUUCCUUCCUUGUGUUCUUGCUUUUUCCCCUUCCCCUUCCCCUUUCCCCUCCCCCUCCCCCUCCCCCUCUUCUCCACUGCAGCAGCAUCUGUCUCCUCCCCGCCGCCCAUACAACACUCGUCCCAACCCAUCAAUGCAGCGAAUUCUUCCCCCCAAGCUGGCAGCCGGGGCUCCUGGCGGGACAACCAGCACCUCACUCCGCCUAUGCCGCCGCUCCCUCCUCUAUCUCACUCACCCGCCUCUCUUCCCAUUCCUUCCCUUGUGUUCUUGCUUUUUCCCCUUCCCCUUCCCCUUUCCCCUCCCCCUCCCCUCCCCCUCUUCUCCACUGCAGCAGCAUCUGUCUCCUCCCCGCCGCCCAUCAACACUCGUCCCAACCCAUCAAUGCAGCGAAUUCUUCCCCCCAAGCCUGGCAGCCGGGGCUCCUGGCGGGACAACCAGCACCUCACUCCCGCCUAUCCGCCGCUCCUCCUCUAUCUCACUCACCCGCCUCUCUUCCCAUUCCUUCCCUUGUGUUCUUGCUUUUUCCCCUUCCCCUUCCCCUUUCCCCUCCCCCUCCCCCUCCCCCUCUUCUCCACUGCAGCAGCAUCUGUCUCCUCCCCGCCGCCCAUCAACACUCGUCCCAACCCAUCAAUGCAGCGAAUUCUUCCCCCCAAGCCUGGCAGCCGGGGCUCCUGCGGGACAACCAGCACCUCACUCCGCCUAUGCCGCCGCUCCCUCCUCUAUCUCACUCACCCGCCUCUCUUCCCAUUCCUUCCCUUGUGUUCUUGCUUUUUCCACCUUCCCCUUCCCCUUUCCCCUCCCCCUCCCCCUCCCCCUCUUCUCCACUGCAGCAGCAUCUGUCUCCUCCCCGCCGCCCAUCAACACUCGUCCCAACCCAUCAAUGCAGCGAAUUCUUCCCCCCAAGCCUGGCAGCCGGGGCUCCUGGCGGGACAACCAGCACCUCACUCCGCCUAUGCCGCCGCUCCCCUCCUCUAUCUCACUCACCCCGCCUCUCUUCCCAUUCCUUCCCUUGUGUUCUUGCUUUUUCCCCUUCCCCUUCCCCUUUCCCCUCCCCCUCCCCCUCCCCCUCUUCUCCACUGCAGCAGCAUCUGUCUCCUCCCCGCCGCCCAUCAACACUCGUCCCAACCCAUCAAUGCAGCGAAUUCUUCCCCCCAAGCCUGGCAGCCGGGGCUCCUGGCGGGACAACCAGCACCUCACUCCGCCUAUGCCGCCGCUCCCUCCUCUAUCUCACUCACACCGCCUCUCUUCCCAUUCCUUCCCUUGUGUUCUUGCUUUUUCCCCUUCCCCUUCCCCUUUCCCCUCCCCCUCCCCCUCCCCCUCUUCUCCACUGCAGCAGCAUCUGUCUCCUCCCCGCCGCCCAUCAACACUCGUCCCAACCCAUCAAUGCAGCGAAUUCUUCCCCCCAAGCCUGGCAGCCGGGGCUCCUGGCGGGACAACCAGCACCUCACUCCGCCUAUGCCGCCGCUCCCAUCCUCUAUCUCACUCACCCGCCUCUCUUCCCAUUCCUUCCCUUGUGUUCUUGCUUUUUCCCCUUCCCCUUCCCCUUUCCCCUCCCCCUCCCCCUCCCCCUCUUCUCCACUGCAGCAGCAUCUGUCUCCUCCCCGCCGCCCAUCAACACUCGUCCCAACCCAUCAAUGCAGCGAAUUCUUCCCCCCAAGCCUGGCAGCCGGGGCUCCUGGCGGGACAACCAGCACCUCACUCCGCCUAUGCCGCCGCUCCCUCCUCUAUCUCACUCACCCGCCUCUCUUCCCAUUCCUUCCCUUGUGUUCUUGCUUUUUCCCCUUCCCCUUCCCCUUUCCCCUCCCCCUCCCCCUCCCCCUCUUCUCCACUGCAGCAGCAUCUGUCUCCUCCCCGCCGCCCAUCACACUCGUCCCAACCCAUCAAUGCAGCGAAUUCUUCCCCCCAAGCCUGGCAGCCGGGGCUCCUGGCGGGACAACCAGCACCUCACUCCGCCUAUGCCGCCGCUCCCUCCUCUAUCUCACUCACCCCGCCUCUCUUCCCAUUCCUUCCCUUGUGUUCUUGCUUUUUCCACCUUCCCCUUCCCCUUUCCCCUCCCCCUCCCCCUCCCCCUCUUCUCCACUGCAGCAGCAUCUGUCUCCUCCCCGCCGCCCAUCAACACUCGUCCCAACCCAUCAAUGCAGCGAAUUCUUCCCCCCAAGCCUGGCAGCCGGGGCUCCUGGCGGGACAACCAGCACCUCACUCCGCCUAUGCCGCCGCUCCCUCCUCUAUCUCACUCACCACCCGCCUCUCUUCCCAUUCCUUCCCUUGUGUUCUUGCUUUUUCCCCUUCCCCUUCCCCUUUCCCCUCCCCCUCCCCCUCCCCCUCUUCUCCACUGCAGGCAGCAUCUGUCUCCUCCCCGCCGCCCAUCAACACUCGUCCCAACCCAUCAAUGCAGCGAAUUCUUCCCCCCAAGCCUGGCAGCCGGGGCUCCUGGCGGGACAACCAGCACCUCACUCCGCCUAUGCCGCCGCUCCCUCCUCUAUCUCACUCACCCGCCUCUCUUCCCAUUCCUUCCCUUGUGUUCUUGCUUUUUCCCCUUCCCCUUCCCCUUUCCCCUCCCCCUCCCCCUCCCCCUCUUCUCCACUGCAGCAGCAUCUGUCUCCUCCCCGCCGCCCAUCAACACUCGUCCCAACCCAUCAAUGCAGCGAAUUCUUCCCCCCAAGCCUGGCAGCCGGGGCUCCUGGCGGGACAACCAGCACCUCACUCCGCCUAUGCCGCCGCUCCCUCCUCUAUCUCACUCACCCGCCUCUCUUCCCAUUCCUUCCCUUCAGCAUCUGUCUCCUCCCCGCCGCCCAUCAACACUCGUCCCAACCCAUCAAUGCAGCGAAUUCUUCCCCCCAAGCCUGGCAGCCGGGGCUCCUGGCGGGACAACCAGCACCUCACUCCGCCUAUGCCGCCGCUCCCUCCUCUAUCUCACUCACCCGCCUCUCUUCCCAUUCCUUCCCUUGUGUUCUUGCUUUUUCCCCUUCCCCUUCCCCUUUCCCCUCCCCCUCCCCCUCCCCCUCUUCUCCACUGCAGCAGCAUCUGUCUCCUCCCCGCCGCCCAUCAACACUCGUCCCAACCCAUCAAUGCAGCGAAUUCUUCCCCCCAAGCCUGGCAGCCGGGGCUCCUGGCGGGACAACCAGCACCUCACUCCGCCUAUGCCGCCGCUCCCUCCUCUAUCUCACUCACCCGCCUCUCUUCCCAUUCCUUCCCUUGUGUUCUUGCUUUUUCCCCUUCCCCUUCCCCUUUCCCCUCCCCCUCCCCCUCCCCCUCUUCUCCACUGCAGCAGCAUCUGUCUCCUCCCCGCCGCCCAUCAACACUCGUUCCCAACCCAUCAAUGCAGCGAAUUCUUCCCCCCAAGCCUGGCAGCCGGGGCUCCUGGCGGGACAACCAGCACCUCACUCCGCCUAUGCCGCCGCUCCCUCCUCUAUCUCACUCACCCCGCCUCUCUUCCCAUUCCUUCCCUUGUGUUCUUGCUUUUUCCCCUUCCCCUUCCCCUUUCCCCUCCCCCUCCCCCCUCCCCCUCUUCUCCACUGCAGCAGCAUCUGUCUCCUCCCCGCCGCCCAUCAACACUCGUCCCAACCCAUCAAUGCAGCGAAUUCUUCCCCCCAAGCCUGGCAGCCGGGGCUCCUGGCGGGACAACCAGCACCUCACUCCGCCUAUGCCGCCGCUCCCUCCUCUAUCUCACUCACCCGCCUCUCUUCCCAUUCCUUCCCUUGUGUUCUUGCUUUUUCCCCUUCCCCUUCCCCUUUCCCCUCCCCCUCCCCCUCCCCCUCUUCUCCACUGCAGCAGCAUCUGUCUCCUCCCCGCCGCCCAUCAACACUCGUCCCAACCCAUCAAUGCAGCGAAUUCUUCCCCCCAAGCCUGGCAGCCGGGGCUCCUGGCGGGACAACCAGCACCUCACUCCGCCUAUGCCGCCGCUCCCUCCUCUAUCUCACUCACCCGCCUCUCUUCCCAUUCCUUCCCUUGUGUUCUUGCUUUUUCCCCUUCCCCUUCCCCUUUCCCCUCCCCCUCCCCCUCCCCCUCUUCUCCACUGCAGCAGCAUCUGUCUCCUCCCCGCCGCCCAUCAACACUCGUCCCAACCCAUCAAUGCAGCGAAUUCUUCCCCCCAAGCCUGGCAGCCGGGGCUCCUGGCGGGACAACCAGCACCUCACUCCCGCCUAUGCCGCCGCUCCCUCCUCUAUCUCACUCACACCCGCCUCUCUUCCCAUUCCUUCCCUUGUGUUCUUGCUUUUUCCCCUUCCCCUUCCCCUUUCCCCUCCCCCUCCCCCUCCCCCUCUUCUCCACUGCAGCAGCAUCUGUCUCCUCCCCGCCGCCCAUCAACACUCGUCCCAACCCAUCAAUGCAGCGAAUUCUUCCCCCCAAGCCUGGCAGCCGGGGCUCCUGGCGGGACAACCAGCACCUCACUCCGCCUAUGCCGCCGCUCCCUCCUCUAUCUCACUCACCCGCCUCUCUUCCCAUUCCUUCCCUUGUGUUCUUGCUUUUUCCCCUUCCCCUUCCCCUUUCCCCUCCCCCUCCCCCUCCCCCUCUUCUCCACUGCAGCAGCAUCUGUCUCCUCCCCGCCGCCCAUCAACACUCGUCCCAACCCAUCAAUGCAGCGAAUUCUUCCCCCCAAGCCUGGCAGCCGGGCUCCUGGCGGGACAACCAGCACCUCACUCCGCCUAUGCCGCCGCUCCCUCCUCUAUCUCACUCACCCGCCUCUCUUCCCAUUCCUUCCCUUGUGUUCUUGCUUUUUCCCCUUCCCCUUCCCCUUUCCCCUCCCCCUCCCCCUCCCCCUCUUCUCCACUGCAGCAGCAUCUGUCUCCUCCCCGCCGCCCAUCAACACUCGUCCCAACCCAUCAAUGCAGCGAAUUCUUCCCCCCAAGCCUGGCAGCCGGGGCUCCUGGCGGGACAACCAGCACCUCACUCCGCCUAUGCCGCCGCUCCCUCCUCUAUCUCACUCACCCGCCUCUCUUCCCAUUCCUUCCCUUGUGUUCUUGCUUUUCCCCUUCCCCUUCCCCUUUCCCCUCCCCCUCCCCCUCCCCCUCUUCUCCACUGCAGCAGCAUCUGUCUCCUCCCCGCCGCCCAUCAACACUCGUCCCAACCCAUCAAUGCAGCGAAUUCUUCCCCCCAAGCCUGGCAGCCGGGGCUCCUGGCGGGACAACCAGCACCUCACUCCGCCUAUGCCGCCGCUCCCUCCUCUAUCUCACUCACCCGCCUCUCUUCCCAUUCCUUCCCUUGUGUUCUUGCUUUUUCCCCUUCCCCUUCCCCUUUCCCCUCCCCCUCCCCCUCCCCCUCUUCUCCACUGCAGCAGCAUCUGUCUCCUCCCCGCCGCCCAUCAACACUCGUCCCAACCCAUCAAUGCAGCGAAUUCUUCCCCCCAAGCCUGGCAGCCGGGGCUCCUGGCGGGACAACCAGCACCUCACUCCGCCUAUGCCGCCGCUCCCUCCUCUAUCUCACUCACCCGCCUCUCUUCCCAUUCCUUCCCUUGUGUUCUUGCUUUUUCCCCUUCCCCUUCCCCUUUCCCCUCCCCCUCCCCCUCCCCCUCUUCUCCACUGCAGCAGCAUCUGUCUCCUCCCCGCCGCCCAUCAACACUCGUCCCAACCCAUCAAUGCAGCGAAUUCUUCCCCCCAAGCCUGGCAGCCGGGGCUCCUGGCGGGACAACCAGCACCUCACUCCGCCUAUGCCGCCGCUCCCUCCUCUAUCUCACUCACCCGCCUCUCUUCCCAUUCCUUCCCUUGUGUUCUUGCUUUUUCCCCUUCCCCUUCCCCUUUCCCCUCCCCCUCCCCCUCCCCCUCUUCUCCACUGCAGCAGCAUCUGUCUCCUCCCCGCCGCCCAUCAACACUCGUCCCAACCCAUCAAUGCAGCGAAUUCUUCCCCCCAAGCCUGGCAGCCGGGGCUCCUGGCGGGACAACCAGCACCUCACUCCGCCUAUGCCGCCGCUCCCUCCUCUAUCUCACUCACCCGCCUCUCUUCCCAUUCCUUCCCUUGUGUUCUUGCUUUUUCCCCUUCCCCUUCCCCUUUCCCCUCCCCCUCCCCCUCCCCCUCUUCUCCACUGCAGCAGCAUCUGUCUCCUCCCCGCCGCCCAUCAACACUCGUCCCAACCCAUCAAUGCAGCGAAUUCUUCCCCCCAAGCCUGGCAGCCGGGGCUCCUGGCGGGACAACCAGCACCUCACUCCGCCUAUGCCGCCGCUCCCUCCUCUAUCUCACUCACCCGCCUCUCUUCCCAUUCCUUCCCUUGUGUUCUUGCUUUUUCCCCCUUCCCCUUCCCCUUUCCCCUCCCCCUCCCCCUCCCCCUCUUCUCCACUGCAGCAGCAUCUGUCUCCUCCCCGCCGCCCAUCAACACUCGUCCCAACCCAUCAAUGCAGCGAAUUCUUCCCCCCAAGCCUGGCAGCCGGGGCUCCUGGCGGGACAACCAGCACCUCACUCCGCCUAUGCCGCCGCUCCCUCCUCUAUCUCACUCACCCGCCUCUCUUCCCAUUCCUUCCCUUGUGUUCUUGCUUUUUUCCCCUUCCCCUUCCCCUUUCCCCUCCCCCUCCCCCUCCCCCUCUUCUCCACUGCAGCAGCAUCUGUCUCCUCCCCGCCGCCCAUCAACACUCGUCCCAACCCAUCAAUGCAGCGAAUUCUUCCCCCCAAGCCUGGCAGCCGGGGCUCCUGGCGGGACAACCAGCACCUCACUCCGCCUAUGCCGCCGCUCCCUCCUCUAUCUCACUCACCCGCCUCUCUUCCCAUUCCUUCCCUUGUGUUCUUGCUUUUUCCCCUUCCCCUUCCCCUUUCCCCUCCCCCUCCCCCUCCCCCUCUUCUCCACUGCAGCAGCAUCUGUCUCCUCCCCGCCGCCCAUCAACACUCGUCCCAACCCAUCAAUGCAGCGAAUUCUUCCCCCCAAGCCUGGCAGCCGGGGCUCCUGGCGGGACAACCAGCACCUCACUCCGCCUAUGCCGCCGCUCCCUCCUCUAUCUCACUCACCCGCCUCUCUUCCCAUUCCUUCCCUUGUGUUCUUGCUUUUUCCCCUUCCCCUUCCCCUUUCCCCUCCCCCUCCCCCUCCCCCUCUUCUCCACUGCAGCAGCAUCUGUCCUCCUCCCCGCCGCCCAUCAACACUCGUCCCAACCCAUCAAUGCAGCGAAUUCUUCCCCCCAAGCCUGGCAGCCGGGGCUCCUGGCGGGACAACCAGCACCUCACUCCGCCUAUGCCGCCGCUCCCUCCUCUAUCUCACUCACCCGCCUCUCUUCCCAUUCCUUCCCUUGUGUUCUUGCUUUUUCCCCUUCCCCUUCCCCUUUCCCCUCCCCCUCCCCCUCCCCCUCUUCUCCACUGCAGCAGCAUCUGUCUCCUCCCCGCCGCCCAUCAACACUCCAGCAUCUGUCUCCUCCCCGCCGCCCAUCAACACUCGUCCCAACCCAUCAAUGCAGCGAAUUCUUCCCCCCAAGCCUGGCAGCCGGGGCUCCUGGCGGGACAACCAGCACCUCACUCCGCCUAUGCCGCCGCUCCCUCCUCUAUCUCACUCACCCGCCUCUCUUCCCAUUCCUUCCCUUGUGUUCUUGCUUUUUCCCCUUCCCCUUCCCCUUUCCCCUCCCCCUCCCCCUCCCCCUCUUCUCCACUGCAGCAGCAUCUGUCUCCUCCCCGCCGCCCAUCAACACUCGUCCCAACCCAUCAAUGCAGCGAAUUCUUCCCCCCAAGCCUGGCAGCCGGGGCUCCUGGCGGGACAACCAGCACCUCACUCCGCCUAUGCCGCCGCUCCCUCCUCUAUCUCACUCACCCGCCUCUCUUCCCAUUCCUUCCCUUGUGUUCUUGCUUUUUCCCCUUCCCCUUCCCCUUUCCCCUCCCCCUCCCCCUCCCCCUCUUCUCCACUGCAGCAGCAUCUGUCUCCUCCCCGCCGCCCAUCAACACUCGUCCCAACCCAUCAAUGCAGCGAAUUCUUCCCCCCAAGCCUGGCAGCCGGGGCUCCUGGCGGGACAACCAGCACCUCACUCCGCCUAUGCCGCCGCUCCCUCCUCUAUCUCACUCACCCGCCUCUCUUCCCAUUCCUUCCCUUGUGUUCUUGCUUUUUCCCCUUCCCCUUCCCCUUUCCCCUCCCCCUCCCCCUCCCCCUCUUCUCCACUGCAGCAGCAUCUGUCUCCUCCCCGCCGCCCAUCAACACUCGUCCCAACCCAUCAAUGCAGCGAAUUCUUCCCCCCAAGCCUGGCAGCCGGGGCUCCUGGCGGGACAACCAGCACCUCACUCCGCCUAUGCCGCCGCUCCCUCCUCUAUCUCACUCACCCGCCUCUCUUCCCAUUCCUUCCCUUGUGUUCUUGCUUUUUCCCCUUCCCCUUCCCUUUCCCCUCCCCCUCCCCCUCCCCCUCUUCUCCACUGCAGCAGCAUCUGUCUCCUCCCCGCCGCCCAUCAACACUCGUCCCAACCCAUCAAUGCAGCGAAUUCUUCCCCCCAAGCCUGGCAGCCGGGGCUCCUGGCGGGACAACCAGCACCUCACUCCGCCUAUGCCGCCGCUCCCUCCUCUAUCUCACUCACCCGCCUCUCUUCCCAUUCCUUCCCUUGUGUUCUUGCUUUUUCCCCUUCCCCUUCCCCUUUCCCCUCCCCCUCCCCCUCCCCCUCUUCUCCACUGCAGCAGCAUCUGUCUCCUCCCCGCCGCCCAUCAACACUCGUCCCAACCCAUCAAUGCAGCGAAUUCUUCCCCCCAAGCCUGGCAGCCGGGGCUCCUGGCGGGACAACCAGCACCUCACUCCGCCUAUGCCGCCGCUCCCUCCUCUAUCUCACUCACCCGCCUCUCUUCCCAUUCCUUCCCUUGUGUUCUUGCUUUUUCCCCUUCCCCUUCCCCUUUCCCCUCCCCCUCCCCCUCCCCCUCUUCUCCACUGCAGCAGCAUCUGUCUCCUCCCCGCCGCCCAUCAACACUCGUCCCAACCCAUCAAUGCAGCGAAUUCUUCCCCCCAAGCCUGGCAGCCGGGGCUCCUGGCGGGACAACCAGCACCUCACUCCGCCUAUGCCGCCGCUCCCUCCUCUAUCUCACUCACCCGCCUCUCUUCCCAUUCCUUCCCUUGUGUUCUUGCUUUUUCCCCUUCCCCUUCCCCUUUCCCCUCCCCCUCCCCCUCCCCCUCUUCUCCACUGCAGCAGCAUCUGUCUCCUCCCCGCCGCCCAUCAACACUCGUCCCAACCCAUCAAUGCAGCGAAUUCUUCCCCCCAAGCCUGGCAGCCGGGGCUCCUGGCGGGACAACCAGCACCUCACUCCGCCUAUGCCGCCGCUCCCUCCUCUAUCUCACUCACCCGCCUCUCUUCCCAUUCCUUCCCUUGUGUUCUUGCUUUUUCCCCUUCCCCUUCCCCUUUCCCCUCCCCCUCCCCCUCCCCCUCUUCUCCACUGCAGCAGCAUCUGUCUCCUCCCCGCCGCCCAUCAACACUCGUCCCAACCCAUCAAUGCAGCGAAUUCUUCCCCCCAAGCCUGGCAGCCGGGGCUCCUGGCGGGACAACCAGCACCUCACUCCGCCUAUGCCGCCGCUCCCUCCUCUAUCUCACUCACCCGCCUCUCUUCCCAUUCCUUCCCUUGUGUUCUUGCUUUUUCCCCUUCCCCUUCCCCUUUCCCCUCCCCCUCCCCCUCCCCCUCUUCUCCACUGCAGCAGCAUCUGUCUCCUCCCCGCCGCCCAUCAACACUCGUCCCAACCCAUCAAUGCAGCGAAUUCUUCCCCCCAAGCCUGGCAGCCGGGGCUCCUGGCGGGACAACCAGCACCUCACUCCGCCUAUGCCGCCGCUCCCUCCUCUAUCUCACUCACCCGCCUCUCUUCCCAUUCCUUCCCUUGUGUUCUUGCUUUUUCCCCUUCCCCUUCCCCUUUCCCCUCCCCCUCCCCCUCCCCCUCUUCUCCACUGCAGCAGCAUCUGUCUCCUCCCCGCCGCCCAUCAACACUCGUCCCAACCCAUCAAUGCAGCGAAUUCUUCCCCCCAAGCCUGGCAGCCGGGGCUCCUGGCGGGACAACCAGCACCUCACUCCGCCUAUGCCGCCGCUCCCUCCUCUAUCUCACUCACCCGCCUCUCUUCCCAUUCCUUCCCUUGUGUUCUUGCUUUUUCCCCUUCCCCUUCCCCUUUCCCCUCCCCCUCCCCCUCCCCCUCUUCUCCACUGCAGCAGCAUCUGUCUCCUCCCCGCCGCCCAUCAACACUCGUCCCAACCCAUCAAUGCAGCGAAUUCUUCCCCCCAAGCCUGGCAGCCGGGGCUCCUGGCGGGACAACCAGCACCUCACUCCGCCUAUGCCGCCGCUCCCUCCUCUAUCUCACUCACCCGCCUCUCUUCCCAUUCCUUCCCUUGUGUUCUUGCUUUUUCCCCUUCCCCUUCCCCUUUCCCCUCCCCCUCCCCCUCCCCCUCUUCUCCACUGCAGCAGCAUCUGUCUCCUCCCCGCCGCCCAUCAACACUCGUCCCAACCCAUCAAUGCAGCGAAUUCUUCCCCCCAAGCCUGGCAGCCGGGGCUCCUGGCGGGACAACCAGCACCUCACUCCGCCUAUGCCGCCGCUCCCUCCUCUAUCUCACUCACCCGCCUCUCUUCCCAUUCCUUCCCUUGUGUUCUUGCUUUUUCCCCUUCCCCUUCCCCUUUCCCCUCCCCCUCCCCCUCCCCCUCUUCUCCACUGCAGCAGCAUCUGUCUCCUCCCCGCCGCCCAUCAACACUCGUCCCAACCCAUCAAUGCAGCGAAUUCUUCCCCCCAAGCCUGGCAGCCGGGGCUCCUGGCGGGACAACCAGCACCUCACUCCGCCUAUGCCGCCGCUCCCUCCUCUAUCUCACUCACCCGCCUCUCUUCCCAUUCCUUCCCUUGUGUUCUUGCUUUUUCCCCUUCCCCUUCCCCUUUCCCCUCCCCCUCCCCCUCCCCCUCUUCUCCACUGCAGCAGCAUCUGUCUCCUCCCCGCCGCCCAUCAACACUCGUCCCAACCCAUCAAUGCAGCGAAUUCUUCCCCCCAAGCCUGGCAGCCGGGGCUCCUGGCGGGACAACCAGCACCUCACUCCGCCUAUGCCGCCGCUCCCUCCUCUAUCUCACUCACCCGCCUCUCUUCCCAUUCCUUCCCUUGUGUUCUUGCUUUUUCCCCUUCCCCUUCCCCUUUCCCCUCCCCCUCCCCCUCCCCCUCUUCUCCACUGCAGCAGCAUCUGUCUCCUCCCCGCCGCCCAUCAACACUCGUCCCAACCCAUCAAUGCAGCGAAUUCUUCCCCCCAAGCCUGGCAGCCGGGGCUCCUGGCGGGACAACCAGCACCUCACUCCGCCUAUGCCGCCGCUCCCUCCUCUAUCUCACUCACCCGCCUCUCUUCCCAUUCCUUCCCUUGUGUUCUUGCUUUUUCCCCUUCCCCUUCCCCUUUCCCCUCCCCCUCCCCCUCCCCCUCUUCUCCACUGCAGCAGCAUCUGUCUCCUCCCCGCCGCCCAUCAACACUCGUCCCAACCCAUCAAUGCAGCGAAUUCUUCCCCCCAAGCCUGGCAGCCGGGGCUCCUGGCGGGACAACCAGCACCUCACUCCGCCUAUGCCGCCGCUCCCUCCUCUAUCUCACUCACCCGCCUCUCUUCCCAUUCCUUCCCUUGUGUUCUUGCUUUUUCCCCUUCCCCUUCCCCUUUCCCCUCCCCCUCCCCCUCCCCCUCUUCUCCACUGCAGCAGCAUCUGUCUCCUCCCCGCCGCCCAUCAACACUCGUCCCAACCCAUCAAUGCAGCGAAUUCUUCCCCCCAAGCCUGGCAGCCGGGGCUCCUGGCGGGACAACCAGCACCUCACUCCGCCUAUGCCGCCGCUCCCUCCUCUAUCUCACUCACCCGCCUCUCUUCCCAUUCCUUCCCUUGUGUUCUUGCUUUUUCCCCUUCCCCUUCCCCUUUCCCCUCCCCCUCCCCCUCCCCCUCUUCUCCACUGCAGCAGCAUCUGUCUCCUCCCCGCCGCCCAUCAACACUCGUCCCAACCCAUCAAUGCAGCGAAUUCUUCCCCCCAAGCCUGGCAGCCGGGGCUCCUGGCGGGACAACCAGCACCUCACUCCGCCUAUGCCGCCGCUCCCUCCUCUAUCUCACUCACCCGCCUCUCUUCCCAUUCCUUCCCUUGUGUUCUUGCUUUUUCCCCUUCCCCUUCCCCUUUCCCCUCCCCCUCCCCCUCCCCCUCUUCUCCACUGCAGCAGCAUCUGUCUCCUCCCCGCCGCCCAUCAACACUCGUCCCAACCCAUCAAUGCAGCGAAUUCUUCCCCCCAAGCCUGGCAGCCGGGGCUCCUGGCGGGACAACCAGCACCUCACUCCGCCUAUGCCGCCGCUCCCUCCUCUAUCUCACUCACCCGCCUCUCUUCCCAUUCCUUCCCUUGUGUUCUUGCUUUUUCCCCUUCCCCUUCCCCUUUCCCCUCCCCCUCCCCCUCCCCCUCUUCUCCACUGCAGCAGCAUCUGUCUCCUCCCCGCCGCCCAUCAACACUCGUCCCAACCCAUCAAUGCAGCGAAUUCUUCCCCCCAAGCCUGGCAGCCGGGGCUCCUGGCGGGACAACCAGCACCUCACUCCGCCUAUGCCGCCGCUCCCUCCUCUAUCUCACUCACCCGCCUCUCUUCCCAUUCCUUCCCUUGUGUUCUUGCUUUUUCCCCUUCCCCUUCCCCUUUCCCCUCCCCCUCCCCCUCCCCCUCUUCUCCACUGCAGCAGCAUCUGUCUCCUCCCCGCCGCCCAUCAACACUCGUCCCAACCCAUCAAUGCAGCGAAUUCUUCCCCCCAAGCCUGGCAGCCGGGGCUCCUGGCGGGACAACCAGCACCUCACUCCGCCUAUGCCGCCGCUCCCUCCUCUAUCUCACUCACCCGCCUCUCUUCCCAUUCCUUCCCUUGUGUUCUUGCUUUUUCCCCUUCCCCUUCCCCUUUCCCCUCCCCCUCCCCCUCCCCCUCUUCUCCACUGCAGCAGCAUCUGUCUCCUCCCCGCCGCCCAUCAACACUCGUCCCAACCCAUCAAUGCAGCGAAUUCUUCCCCCCAAGCCUGGCAGCCGGGGCUCCUGGCGGGACAACCAGCACCUCACUCCGCCUAUGCCGCCGCUCCCUCCUCUAUCUCACUCACCCGCCUCUCUUCCCAUUCCUUCCCUUGUGUUCUUGCUUUUUCCCCUUCCCCUUCCCCUUUCCCCUCCCCCUCCCCCUCCCCCUCUUCUCCACUGCAGCAGCAUCUGUCUCCUCCCCGCCGCCCAUCAACACUCGUCCCAACCCAUCAAUGCAGCGAAUUCUUCCCCCCAAGCCUGGCAGCCGGGGCUCCUGGCGGGACAACCAGCACCUCACUCCGCCUAUGCCGCCGCUCCCUCCUCUAUCUCACUCACCCGCCUCUCUUCCCAUUCCUUCCCUUGUGUUCUUGCUUUUUCCCCUUCCCCUUCCCCUUUCCCCUCCCCCUCCCCCUCCCCCUCUUCUCCACUGCAGCAGCAUCUGUCUCCUCCCCGCCGCCCAUCAACACUCGUCCCAACCCAUCAAUGCAGCGAAUUCUUCCCCCCAAGCCUGGCAGCCGGGGCUCCUGGCGGGACAACCAGCACCUCACUCCGCCUAUGCCGCCGCUCCCUCCUCUAUCUCACUCACCCGCCUCUCUUCCCAUUCCUUCCCUUGUGUUCUUGCUUUUUCCCCUUCCCCUUCCCCUUUCCCCUCCCCCUCCCCCUCCCCCUCUUCUCCACUGCAGCAGCAUCUGUCUCCUCCCCGCCGCCCAUCAACACUCGUCCCAACCCAUCAAUGCAGCGAAUUCUUCCCCCCAAGCCUGGCAGCCGGGGCUCCUGGCGGGACAACCAGCACCUCACUCCGCCUAUGCCGCCGCUCCCUCCUCUAUCUCACUCACCCGCCUCUCUUCCCAUUCCUUCCCUUGUGUUCUUGCUUUUUCCCCUUCCCCUUCCCCUUUCCCCUCCCCCUCCCCCUCCCCCUCUUCUCCACUGCAGCAGCAUCUGUCUCCUCCCCGCCGCCCAUCAACACUCGUCCCAACCCAUCAAUGCAGCGAAUUCUUCCCCCCAAGCCUGGCAGCCGGGGCUCCUGGCGGGACAACCAGCACCUCACUCCGCCUAUGCCGCCGCUCCCUCCUCUAUCUCACUCACCCGCCUCUCUUCCCAUUCCUUCCCUUGUGUUCUUGCUUUUUCCCCUUCCCCUUCCCCUUUCCCCUCCCCCUCCCCCUCCCCCUCUUCUCCACUGCAGCAGCAUCUGUCUCCUCCCCGCCGCCCAUCAACACUCGUCCCAACCCAUCAAUGCAGCGAAUUCUUCCCCCCAAGCCUGGCAGCCGGGGCUCCUGGCGGGACAACCAGCACCUCACUCCGCCUAUGCCGCCGCUCCCUCCUCUAUCUCACUCACCCGCCUCUCUUCCCAUUCCUUCCCUUGUGUUCUUGCUUUUUCCCCUUCCCCUUCCCCUUUCCCCUCCCCCUCCCCCUCCCCCUCUUCUCCACUGCAGCAGCAUCUGUCUCCUCCCCGCCGCCCAUCAACACUCGUCCCAACCCAUCAAUGCAGCGAAUUCUUCCCCCCAAGCCUGGCAGCCGGGGCUCCUGGCGGGACAACCAGCACCUCACUCCGCCUAUGCCGCCGCUCCCUCCUCUAUCUCACUCACCCGCCUCUCUUCCCAUUCCUUCCCUUGUGUUCUUGCUUUUUCCCCUUCCCCUUCCCCUUUCCCCUCCCCCUCCCCCCUCCCCCUCUUCUCCACUGCAGCAGCAUCUGUCUCCUCCCCGCCGCCCAUCAACACUCGUCCCAACCCAUCAAUGCAGCGAAUUCUUCCCCCCAAGCCUGGCAGCCGGGGCUCCUGGCGGGACAACCAGCACCUCACUCCGCCUAUGCCGCCGCUCCCUCCUCUAUCUCACUCACCCGCCUCUCUUCCCAUUCCUUCCCUUGUGUUCUUGCUUUUUCCCCUUCCCCUUCCCCUUUCCCCUCCCCCUCCCCCUCCCCCUCUUCUCCACUGCAGCAGCAUCUGUCUCCUCCCCGCCGCCCAUCAACACUCGUCCCAACCCAUCAAUGCAGCGAAUUCUUCCCCCCAAGCCUGGCAGCCGGGGCUCCUGGCGGGACAACCAGCACCUCACUCCGCCUAUGCCGCCGCUCCCUCCUCUAUCUCACUCACCCGCCUCUCUUCCCAUUCCUUCCCUUGUGUUCUUGCUUUUUCCCCUUCCCCUUCCCCUUUCCCCUCCCCCUCCCCCCUCCCCCUCUUCUCCACUGCAGCAGCAUCUGUCUCCUCCCCGCCGCCCAUCAACACUCGUCCCAACCCAUCAAUGCAGCGAAUUCUUCCCCCCAAGCCUGGCAGCCGGGGCUCCUGGCGGGACAACCAGCACCUCACUCCGCCUAUGCCGCCGCUCCCUCCUCUAUCUCACUCACCCGCCUCUCUUCCCAUUCCUUCCCUUGUGUUCUUGCUUUUUCCCCUUCCCCUUCCCCUUUCCCCUCCCCCUCCCCCUCCCCCUCUUCUCCACUGCAGCAGCAUCUGUCUCCUCCCCGCCGCCCAUCAACACUCGUCCCAACCCAUCAAUGCAGCGAAUUCUUCCCCCCAAGCCUGGCAGCCGGGGCUCCUGGCGGGACAACCAGCACCUCACUCCGCCUAUGCCGCCGCUCCCUCCUCUAUCUCACUCACCCGCCUCUCUUCCCAUUCCUUCCCUUGUGUUCUUGCUUUUUCCCCUUCCCCUUCCCCUUUCCCCUCCCCCUCCCCCUCCCCCUCUUCUCCACUGCAGCAGCAUCUGUCUCCUCCCCGCCGCCCAUCAACACUCGUCCCAACCCAUCAAUGCAGCGAAUUCUUCCCCCCAAGCCUGGCAGCCGGGGCUCCUGGCGGGACAACCAGCACCUCACUCCGCCUAUGCCGCCGCUCCCUCCUCUAUCUCACUCACCCGCCUCUCUUCCCAUUCCUUCCCUUGUGUUCUUGCUUUUUCCCCUUCCCCUUCCCCUUUCCCCUCCCCCUCCCCCUCCCCCUCUUCUCCACUGCAGCAGCAUCUGUCUCCUCCCCGCCGCCCAUCAACACUCGUCCCAACCCAUCAAUGCAGCGAAUUCUUCCCCCCAAGCCUGGCAGCCGGGGCUCCUGGCGGGACAACCAGCACCUCACUCCGCCUAUGCCGCCGCUCCCUCCUCUAUCUCACUCACCCGCCUCUCUUCCCAUUCCUUCCCUUGUGUUCUUGCUUUUUCCCCUUCCCCUUCCCCUUUCCCCUCCCCCUCCCCCUCCCCCUCUUCUCCACUGCAGCAGCAUCUGUCUCCUCCCCGCCGCCCAUCAACACUCGUCCCAACCCAUCAAUGCAGCGAAUUCUUCCCCCCAAGCCUGGCAGCCGGGGCUCCUGGCGGGACAACCAGCACCUCACUCCGCCUAUGCCGCCGCUCCCUCCUCUAUCUCACUCACCCGCCUCUCUUCCCAUUCCUUCCCUUGUGUUCUUGCUUUUUCCCCUUCCCCUUCCCCUUUCCCCUCCCCCUCCCCCUCCCCCUCUUCUCCACUGCAGCAGCAUCUGUCUCCUCCCCGCCGCCCAUCAACACUCGUCCCAACCCAUCAAUGCAGCGAAUUCUUCCCCCCAAGCCUGGCAGCCGGGGCUCCUGGCGGGACAACCAGCACCUCACUCCGCCUAUGCCGCCGCUCCCUCCUCUAUCUCACUCACCCGCCUCUCUUCCCAUUCCUUCCCUUGUGUUCUUGCUUUUUCCCCUUCCCCUUCCCCUUUCCCCUCCCCCUCCCCCUCCCCCUCUUCUCCACUGCAGCAGCAUCUGUCUCCUCCCCGCCGCCCAUCAACACUCGUCCCAACCCAUCAAUGCAGCGAAUUCUUCCCCCCAAGCCUGGCAGCCGGGGCUCCUGGCGGGACAACCAGCACCUCACUCCGCCUAUGCCGCCGCUCCCUCCUCUAUCUCACUCACCCGCCUCUCUUCCCAUUCCUUCCCUUGUGUUCUUGCUUUUUCCCCUUCCCCUUCCCCUUUCCCCUCCCCCUCCCCCUCCCCCUCUUCUCCACUGCAGCAGCAUCUGUCUCCUCCCCGCCGCCCAUCAACACUCGUCCCAACCCAUCAAUGCAGCGAAUUCUUCCCCCCAAGCCUGGCAGCCGGGGCUCCUGGCGGGACAACCAGCACCUCACUCCGCCUAUGCCGCCGCUCCCUCCUCUAUCUCACUCACCCGCCUCUCUUCCCAUUCCUUCCCUUGUGUUCUUGCUUUUUCCCCUUCCCCUUCCCCUUUCCCCUCCCCCUCCCCCUCCCCCUCUUCUCCACUGCAGCAGCAUCUGUCUCCUCCCCGCCGCCCAUCAACACUCGUCCCAACCCAUCAAUGCAGCGAAUUCUUCCCCCCAAGCCUGGCAGCCGGGGCUCCUGGCGGGACAACCAGCACCUCACUCCGCCUAUGCCGCCGCUCCCUCCUCUAUCUCACUCACCCGCCUCUCUUCCCAUUCCUUCCCUUGUGUUCUUGCUUUUUCCCCUUCCCCUUCCCCUUUCCCCUCCCCCUCCCCCUCCCCCUCUUCUCCACUGCAGCAGCAUCUGUCUCCUCCCCGCCGCCCAUCAACACUCGUCCCAACCCAUCAAUGCAGCGAAUUCUUCCCCCCAAGCCUGGCAGCCGGGGCUCCUGGCGGGACAACCAGCACCUCACUCCGCCUAUGCCGCCGCUCCCUCCUCUAUCUCACUCACCCGCCUCUCUUCCCAUUCCUUCCCUUGUGUUCUUGCUUUUUCCCCUUCCCCUUCCCCUUUCCCCUCCCCCUCCCCCUCCCCCUCUUCUCCACUGCAGCAGCAUCUGUCUCCUCCCCGCCGCCCAUCAACACUCGUCCCAACCCAUCAAUGCAGCGAAUUCUUCCCCCCAAGCCUGGCAGCCGGGGCUCCUGGCGGGACAACCAGCACCUCACUCCGCCUAUGCCGCCGCUCCCUCCUCUAUCUCACUCACCCGCCUCUCUUCCCAUUCCUUCCCUUGUGUUCUUGCUUUUUCCCCUUCCCCUUCCCCUUUCCCCUCCCCCUCCCCCUCCCCCUCUUCUCCACUGCAGCAGCAUCUGUCUCCUCCCCGCCGCCCAUCAACACUCGUCCCAACCCAUCAAUGCAGCGAAUUCUUCCCCCCAAGCCUGGCAGCCGGGGCUCCUGGCGGGACAACCAGCACCUCACUCCGCCUAUGCCGCCGCUCCCUCCUCUAUCUCACUCACCCGCCUCUCUUCCCAUUCCUUCCCUUGUGUUCUUGCUUUUUCCCCUUCCCCUUCCCCUUUCCCCUCCCCCUCCCCCUCCCCCUCUUCUCCACUGCAGCAGCAUCUGUCUCCUCCCCGCCGCCCAUCAACACUCGUCCCAACCCAUCAAUGCAGCGAAUUCUUCCCCCCAAGCCUGGCAGCCGGGGCUCCUGGCGGGACAACCAGCACCUCACUCCGCCUAUGCCGCCGCUCCCUCCUCUAUCUCACUCACCCGCCUCUCUUCCCAUUCCUUCCCUUGUGUUCUUGCUUUUUCCCCUUCCCCUUCCCCUUUCCCCUCCCCCUCCCCCUCCCCCUCUUCUCCACUGCAGCAGCAUCUGUCUCCUCCCCGCCGCCCAUCAACACUCGUCCCAACCCAUCAAUGCAGCGAAUUCUUCCCCCCAAGCCUGGCAGCCGGGGCUCCUGGCGGGACAACCAGCACCUCACUCCGCCUAUGCCGCCGCUCCCUCCUCUAUCUCACUCACCCGCCUCUCUUCCCAUUCCUUCCCUUGUGUUCUUGCUUUUUCCCCUUCCCCUUCCCCUUUCCCCUCCCCCUCCCCCUCCCCCUCUUCUCCACUGCAGCAGCAUCUGUCUCCUCCCCGCCGCCCAUCAACACUCGUCCCAACCCAUCAAUGCAGCGAAUUCUUCCCCCCAAGCCUGGCAGCCGGGGCUCCUGGCGGGACAACCAGCACCUCACUCCGCCUAUGCCGCCGCUCCCUCCUCUAUCUCACUCACCCGCCUCUCUUCCCAUUCCUUCCCUUGUGUUCUUGCUUUUUCCCCUUCCCCUUCCCCUUUCCCCUCCCCCUCCCCCUCCCCCUCUUCUCCACUGCAGCAGCAUCUGUCUCCUCCCCGCCGCCCAUCAACACUCGUCCCAACCCAUCAAUGCAGCGAAUUCUUCCCCCCAAGCCUGGCAGCCGGGGCUCCUGGCGGGACAACCAGCACCUCACUCCGCCUAUGCCGCCGCUCCCUCCUCUAUCUCACUCACCCGCCUCUCUUCCCAUUCCUUCCCUUGUGUUCUUGCUUUUUCCCCUUCCCCUUCCCCUUUCCCCUCCCCCUCCCCCUCCCCCUCUUCUCCACUGCAGCAGCAUCUGUCUCCUCCCCGCCGCCCAUCAACACUCGUCCCAACCCAUCAAUGCAGCGAAUUCUUCCCCCCAAGCCUGGCAGCCGGGGCUCCUGGCGGGACAACCAGCACCUCACUCCGCCUAUGCCGCCGCUCCCUCCUCUAUCUCACUCACCCGCCUCUCUUCCCAUUCCUUCCCUUGUGUUCUUGCUUUUUCCCCUUCCCCUUCCCCUUUCCCCUCCCCCUCCCCCUCCCCCUCUUCUCCACUGCAGCAGCAUCUGUCUCCUCCCCGCCGCCCAUCAACACUCGUCCCAACCCAUCAAUGCAGCGAAUUCUUCCCCCCAAGCCUGGCAGCCGGGGCUCCUGGCGGGACAACCAGCACCUCACUCCGCCUAUGCCGCCGCUCCCUCCUCUAUCUCACUCACCCGCCUCUCUUCCCAUUCCUUCCCUUGUGUUCUUGCUUUUUCCCCUUCCCCUUCCCCUUUCCCCUCCCCCUCCCCCUCCCCCUCUUCUCCACUGCAGCAGCAUCUGUCUCCUCCCCGCCGCCCAUCAACACUCGUCCCAACCCAUCAAUGCAGCGAAUUCUUCCCCCCAAGCCUGGCAGCCGGGGCUCCUGGCGGGACAACCAGCACCUCACUCCGCCUAUGCCGCCGCUCCUACCCACCACCCCCGAACCCUCCUACUCUCCCCGCGCCGCUGCUGCUGGCGGCGGCGGCAGCGGUGGGAUGAAAUCGAAAUCGGCUGAUGUGCCUGGUGCGGCAGCAGCGGCUGGAGGGGGAGGGGCGGCAGCAGCACAUGCGAAUGCACAUGUGCAUGCGAGAACAAACUCUAUGGUUUCGCAAGGGGGUGCGGGUGGGUCUGUGCCGGUGGCAGCACAGGCGGAGUCGAGCAGAGGGCGCAUGUAUGGGCUCGGGCGGAAGGGGAAGAUGCAAAAGGAGAUGGCAGCACUGGCGAAGCUGCAGCACACGAAUCUGGCAGCGAUCCUGGGAUAUGCAGCGGACAAGGAGGAUAUGCAGAUCGCCUAUGACCUCCCUCCCAACUGCACAUGCCUCGAAAACUACCUCUUUCCAGAGGAUGGAGAGGGAGAGUUUUUGCCGCUGAGAGUACGCCUCAAGGUGGCAGUGGGGAUCGCCAAGGGGCUGACCUUCCUGCACUCGAGUGCAAUGGUGCAUGGGAACCUGCUGUCGAGAAACAUCAUGCUGGAUAAGAACUUUACGGUGCUGUUGACUGGCUAUGGUUUGGCGACCAUGCUGUCCAAGACCAGCACUCGCAAGAACCUCAAAGGCCCGGACGGCAUGGCCAAGGACGCGUUUGACUACGGGGUCGUGCUAUUCGAGCUGCUGACGGGGCGCAGGGGCGCGCUGGUGGCGGACAGGGAGGGCGCGGACGGGCUCAUCGCGUGGGCAGAGCCGCGCAUCGAGGAGUACGAGCUCAGCGCUGCUUGCGCCGAGCCCACUAAACGCAUGGUGGUGCGCAUGUUGGAUGUGCUGGCCAAGGAUAGCGAGGAGUGGGAGAGUGGGUACCGGGGGAGUGGGUACGGGGGAGCGGGGACUGGGGGAGUGGGCUGA